AUUUAUGAUGGAGCACAACUGCCUGCGGCGGUUUAAUAUCCAAGGAGUCGGCCGUGUCGCCAUCCUCUUCCUCCAGCUGCAAGUAUCAAAAAGCUGCAGCAUACUGCAGUUCGUUUCAGUGUUCGAAAGACAGUCCUUGCGGAAGGUACACCAACUGUAUAGUAACAAUUAAAAUUUGCAUCUUGUGAAGAGAAUAUUCUAAAACUGAAAUUGACCAUCAUGAAGUUCGUCUUCACUGUCAUCAUGUUCCUUUGCUGGUCUGUACCAUCUGUGGUCAAAUCAACAGAAUAUAAAAUAGCCAAUGAUUACAGGGAACUUUCAAAUUUCGUAGAUUUUAAAAUCUUCUUAUUUACGUAUAUAUGUGAAAAUGAACUGAAGAUCAACGCAGAAAUCCUUAAACUCAGGCAGGAUUUCAUCAGCAAUCCUUUAUUUUCAUCAAUUACUGCCUCAUCAAUUACUUGCCUCGACCUUAGAAAUAAUCGUAUUGAGAACAUUGAAACAGGCGCCUUCAACAAACUUACAAAUUUAACGCAAUUGUUUCUUUCUGGCAACAGACUUCGCACGUCACAACUCUUUAACUUUGGAAGUCAUGAUCAGUUACAAGUUCUCGUUAUGAACAGGGCGGUCGGUGAUAGUUACAGAGAAAAUAUUCAGAUUUCUAGUGAAUAUCCCAACUUAGAAAUUUUGUCUCUUCGUAAUAAUUUAAUCCAAGAUCUGUAUUUUCUUCCCAAAAAAAACCCCUUUGAAUCCUCCUUUACUCAAACAAUUAUGUCAGAAACCCCAUUUCCCAAGUUACAAAUCCUGGAUCUCUCUGAAAACGCUCUGCGGGACGGCCAGAUGAAUUUUAUAAACUUACUGCCGAAUAGUUUAUAUUUUCUUGAUCUCCACGGCAACGCGCUUACUUACUUGAAUUUAAAUUUUAUAAUAAACAAAUUGUCCGCAGUAAACUUGGAUGACAAUCAAUUUAUGUACAUUAACAAUUGUGCACACUAUAGUCACUGUCUAUCGGUGACUGGUCUAAAGGAUCUAAACUAUCUUUCCGUUUCCGCAAAUUCCAUUCAGAACAUUGAAGUGAACGCUUUUCAAGAUAACAACAAUUUAGUCUACCUGAACUUAUCCAGAAAUAACAUAAAUAAUUUAUAUCCGGAAACGUUUGCAAAUUUGCAAUACCUGAAGACACUUGAUCUAAGUGGAAACAAACUUCAGGAUGUUCCGCAAAUCUCAAAUGAAAUAGGAAUCACAACUUUGUAUAUUAAUCACAAUAAUAUAAUGGAAUUAUUGCCAUAUACUUUCGUGCAAAUGCCGAAUUUGACAAAAUUGUUAUUGGGAGAAAACAAAAUUAAUAAGACCGAUAUUAAUGCGUUCGCUAAUCUUUCUGUCUUAGAGGAAUUAGAUCUGUCAAGAAAUAUGUUAAGUGCUUUUCCAGAAGGAUGGACAGAAUCCCUUGUAUCUCUGAAAUAUUUGGAUUUGAGCAAUAAUCGAUUUACUUCACUGGAAUCUUUGUCGUUGACAAAUACAUUGCCAUUAAUAGAAAUAUAUUUAAUGAUGAAUUCAUUAGAAUAUCUGAAUAUUAGAUAUUUAGAGAGUCUACCGCAAAAUCUUACUAUGAUCAACUUGAUAAACAAGUCAAAUUUUUCAAAUUGGAUGCAAAUGGAAAAUAAUUAUUAAUGAGUUAUCAAAUUAAAAUUUUAAUAUUGUAAACAAGAAAAGUGUUUCCUUUACUUAUUAGAAAUAAUAAAACUUCGAACUAUAAUAUAAGAUUUUUCUAUAUGGUAUCGGAAAUUAAGCGUAUAAACACUUACUAUUAUAGUUUCUAAUGCUAUAAAGUUGUUUUUACUAUGUAGUUAUUAAUGAUUAAUCGAAACAUUGAAUAGUUAUUGUAAUGGCUUGUUUUGUGUGAUUUUUUACUAUGUGCCAUAUAUUAUAGAAUGUAUGUACAUAUAAUAAAUGGAAACAAUUUAAAGUAAUUGUUUAUUUGUUAAGAA